UCAAGUGGUUGACGUACAACACUUACCAGGAAGAGACUGACUUACUCCUUUCGGUCAUUCUGACUUUAUCUCGACAAAAGCAAUAAAGAAUCUUUCAGGAAGGAUUUGUUUCUGAACAGACAGCAGAUAUUUGUGAUUUUCAUGGUUAUUUAUUGUUGAAACCUUGAUUCAGAAAGUGAAAGUAAAGUUGAGAUUUCUGGAGCUCAAACAGUGAAAAUGGCUUCACUAUCUGAAGAUGAUUUUUCUUGUCCUGUGUGUCAUGAAAUCUUCAAGGAUCCUGUUAUUUUAUCAUGUAGUCACAGUGUCUGUAAAGAGUGUCUUCAGCAGUUCUGGAGAACCAAGGAAACUCAGGAGUGUCCUGUCUGCAGGAGAAGAUCCUCGAAAUCUGAUCCUCCAUGUAAUCUUGUGUUAAAAAACUUGUGUGAGUCGUUCCUGAAGGAGAGAAAUGAGAGGCAUUCAUCAGGGUCUGAGGAGAUCUGCAGUUUACACAGUGAGAAACUCAAACUCUUCUGUCUGGAGGACAAACAGCCUGUGUGUUUAGUGUGCAGAGAUUCACAACAACACGACAAUCACACAUUCAGACCCAUCAGUGAAGCUGUUCCAUCAUAUAAGGAGGAGCUCAAUACAGCACUGAAGUCCUUACAAGAGAAACUGAAACACAAUGAAAACAUUAAAGGAGAGUUUGAGAAAACAGUUCAACACAUCAAGUCUCAAGCUGAGCACACAGAGCGUCAAAUUAAACAGCAGUUUGAGAAGCUUCAUCAGUUUCUCAGAGAUGAAGAAGCAGCUACAAUCACUGCACUGAGGGAGGAAGAGGAGCAGAAGAAGCAGAUGAUGAAGGAGAAGCUGGAGGAGAUGAACAGACACAUCUCAGCUCUUUCACACACAAUCAAACACAUGGAGGAGAUGAUGAAAGACAAUGACGUCUGCUUUCUGAAGGAGUUUCCAGUCUCAAUGGAAAGAGUCCAGAGUUCACAGCCGGAUCCACAGAUGGCUUCUGGAGCUUUGAUUCAUGUGCCACGUUACUUGGGCAACCUGCAGUUCAGAGUCUGGAAGAAGAUGCAGGACAUCGUCCAAAACACUCCUGUGGUUCUGGAUCCAAACACGGGUCAUCCACAUCUCGUCCUGUCUGAUGAUCUGACCAGUGUGAGAUACAUCGGGAACGAACAACCGCUUCCUGAUAAUCCAGAGAGAUUUGACAUCUAUGACUGUGUUCUGGGUUCAGAGGGUUUUAACUCAGGAACACACUGCUGGGAUGUGGAGGUUAAAGACUGUCAGUACUGGAAUCUUGGAGUAACUACAGCAUCAAACCAGAGGAAGGGACGUGUUUUCUUUAACACUGGUGUCUGGGGUAUGCAGUAUGAUCAGUAUGAACUGUAUGAAUGGUCUGGUUUUCGAGUUAAACAGAAGCUUGAGCGAGUGAGAGUUAAUCUGGACUAUGACAGAGGAACGGUGUCAUUCUCUGAUCCUGUAUCUAACACACAUCUACACACAUUCACAACCACCUUCACUGACACACUCUUUCCAUGGUUCAGUUGUUUUCCCUCUCUGAGGAUCUUACCGGUCAAUAGUCAGUAAUCGUUACAUCUGUAGGUCUGGACCGAGCUGAUUUCAUCUUUUACACUCAUAAUUUGUUCAAUAUGUGUAUUUGUGAAACUUCUCAGAAAUGUUCUUAAAGGGAUAGUUCAGUCAGUCAAGUCAAGUCACCUUUAUUUAUAUAGCGCUUUUUACAAUGCAGAUUGUGUCAAAGCAGCUUUACAUUGAUAACUGGUACAUUGUUUGGCUGCACAGCAGCUCUUAAAGAAUAGUGUCAAUGCAGGCAGAUCAAAGCACUGUUGAAUAUCAAAUGUCAAGUCAAGUGUCCCCAACUAAGCAAGCCAGAGGCGACAGCGGCAAGGAACCCAAACUCCAUCAGGUGACAUCAGGUGGCAGACAAGUGGCAAAUUGGUGUUAAAAUGGAGAAAAAAACCUUGGGAGAAACCAGGCUUAGUCGGGGUGCCAGUUCUCCUCUGGCCAACAGUGCUUUGUUACAAUUCAGGUUGCUAUCAUAAGUCCAAUAGGAUCGCAACAUUAAAAGUAUUUAUUUCAGCUCCAUCCAAUUGAGGAUCGUAUUGAGGAUCACGCCGGUAUGGACGGUUGUUGAGGAACUGUGUCGUGGCUGUCGUGUCGAUGAGGCCUUCACAGGGGAUGAUCUAGUUGACUCAAUCUCUGCUGAUACGUCAGGGCUGCGUUGUGGUCGUGUCAAGGUGCAGGUCCUUGGUCUCACCUGGAUACGGCCCGGAUCCGGCUGACUACGGUGAACCUCGGGAUAAACAGAAAGACUAAUAUUAGCGUAGAUGCCAUUCUUCUUCUGAUGUAGCGAGUACAUCAGGUGUUAUAGGAAGUGUUCCCGGUUCCGGCUGACCUAAUUUAUGCAGCCUAAUAAUCCUUUAACGGAUUUGAAAAUAUAAAUUGGUAAUGUAUUAUGUGUAUGCCAGGUUAAAGAAAUGCGUUUUUAGUCUAGAUUUAAACUGACAGAGUGUGUCUGCUUCCCGAACAAUGCUAGGAAGAUUGUUCCAGAGUUUAGGUGCCAAAUAGGAGAAGGAUCUACCACCUGCAGUUGAUUUUGAUAUUCUAGGUAUUAUCAGCUGGCCUGAAUUCUGAGAUCGCAAUAGACGUGAAGGACUAUAAUGAAUUAGGAGCUCGCUCAGGUACUGGGGAGCUAAACCAUUUAGUGCUUUGUAAGUAAUUAGCAAGAUUUUAAAAUCUAUACGAUGUUUAACAGGAAGCCAAUGCAGUAUUGACAGAACUGGGCUAAUAUGGUCAUAUUUCCUGGUUCUAGUAAGAACUCUAGCUGCUGCAUUUUGUAUGAGCUGUAGUUUAUUUAUCAGGCGAGCAGAACAACCACCCAGUAGAGCGUUACAGUAAUCUAGCCUUGAGGUCAUGAACGCAUGAACUAACUGUUCUGCAUUUUUCAUUGAGAGCAUAUGUCGUAGUUUAGAUAUAUUUUUAAGAUGGAAGAAUGCGGUUUUACAGAUGCUAGUAACAUGGCCUUCAAAUGAAAGAUUGGUAUCAAAGAGCACACCCAGGUUCCUAACUGACGACGAAGACUUAACAGAGCAGCCAUCAAGUGUUAGACAGUAUUCUAGGUUAUUACGUGAAGAAGUUUUUGGUCCAAAAAUUAGAAUCUCUGUUUUUUCUGAAUUUAGUAGUAGGAAAUUACUGGUCAUCCAAUUUUUUAUAUCAGCUAUGCAUUCCGUUAAUUUUGUGAAUUGGUAAGUUUCGUCAGGGCGCGAAGAAAUAUAGAGCUGAGUAUCAUCAGCGUAACAGUGAAAACUAACGCCAUGCUUCCUAAUGAUAUCUCCCAAGGGUAGCAUGUACAGAGUGAACAGCAACAGUGAACAGUAACGGUCCUAGUACCUAGUUCACCCAAAAAUGAAAAUUCUGUCAUCAUUUACUCUCCUUCAUGAUGAUCCAAACCUGUAUGAGUUUCUUUCUUCUGUUGAACACAAAAGAUAUUUCGAAGAAUGCUGGUAAUCAAACAGUCUCUGAUCCCCGUUGACUAACAUAAUAUGGAAGAAAUAUAAUAAAGAACAAUAAGGUGUG